AUGGCCGUACACUUCAACGACGGGGCAUCGAAAAUCGAAGACGUCGCGAAGGAAGUCUCUGAAACUCUAAGCGACCAGGGAAUCUCAUCGGUGCUAUGGAAUCAAGCUGCGAUGGAUGUGUACGGUUACGCCAGUGAGGACCCUGCGUUUGAUAUCAAAACUGUUGAUCUUAUCGUCUCGGACCGCUACUUCCACAUGGCAAAGGAAAUUCUUGCUAAAGCUUCGGGAGGGUCCUGUGAGAAAACAACUCCCAUAGACCUCGACUUAGGUCAUUCCGACGCACAUUUUCUUUGGAAACCGCCGAGAACCGAGGAUUCUGAAGAGAGAAUCUUAGUUGGUCUUGUACGCCAGCGAAGGGUACUUUGGGGAAUGGGACUGCUUGAAGACACUCUUAAAGCGGGAAACCCGGUAUCGUUCGAGAACCAGGAGUUUGUUAGCGCAGAAAACCCAAUCUUUCCUAACCGUAUCCGCAAUCCAGUCUUUCCUAACCGUAUCCGCAAUCCAAAUCCUCAAUCGGGAGCCCCAGAUAUACCAGUCGGCCAUGGUGGUUAUAGUUUCGCGGUUUGCCAAGUUUAUAUUAUGAGACCGUGGCUUUACGCGAAGACUCUUAUCCUAUGCGCUGUUCGCAAUUAUGAAGGCGACAACCACGUCCCUAUUGAGGCCAACAUUCUCAAAAAGAUGGGUGGCUGUUUAGACCGCUACAACGUUGUACGUGAUCUUCCGUCCCCAUACAACGAGUUAUAUACGCAGCUCAGGGAUAGCCCGAGUAGCCCCGCGGCCACUGCAGCAUGGGUUCAAGGAGCAUGUCGAGCCUUAGCCUGGUCCCCGGAUCUUGGACAAUAA